CCGGGUUCUGCUGGAUUACGCCAAUUUACUUAUUUCAAUUAUUUUUAUAUUUUCUACCAUGGGCUCAUGUUUCUACCAAUAAACAUUGUCAGUUAAUUGUAGACUUGAUUUCAAAAUCUGAUAUAUGAUAGACGGUCAAUGAUAGAGUUAUAAUUUGGGAAGCGCAAAAUCAGAAUGUCAGCGUGACCUAUUACUAUUAGACCACACGUCAUGACUUGAAGAAACCAUUUUGGAUAAAAAAUUCAUCGGAGCUUUCUUUUUCAAAAUAAACCAAUCGCACACCAUAUACGAGGAUCUAGACAGCUAGAAAAAGACGAUGUAUAUCAAGAGAACAAAAGGACGGACUUUAUUAUGUCUUUUAUUUCACAUAUACCUCACAGAUGCCUUUUAUUUACCAGGUUUGGCACCUGUCACUUUUUGCACUGAGAAAUCCAUGAAAUCUGAAGAUUGUGAGGCUUAUAUUCCAGUAUUUGUAAACAGUUUAGAUUCAGUAAAAUCAGCCCUCUCCUAUGAAUAUUCCAGCUUUAAUUUCUGCACAAAGCCUGAAGAUGAAACUCCUGUUGAAACCUUUGGACAGACAAUCUUUGGUGAUGGUGCCCAUAUACAAAAAUCAUCAUAUGAAAUUGACUUUGGCAAAGAUGAAAACUGUAAAAAUCUCUGCCAGAAGAUAUACUCAAACAAUGAUUUGGUAUCCAGGAAAAAAUUAGACUUCCUAAAGAGAGGAAUAUUGAUGAACUUUGAGCACAAUUGGAUCAUAGAUAACAUGCCAGUCACAUGGUGCUAUGAAGUCGAGGGUGACCAGAAAUACUGCUCUCCUAGCUUCCCCAUUGGAUGUUACGUCACCGCUGAAGGCAAAGCUAAAGAUGCUUGCGUUAUCAAUGCUGAAUUUAGUCAGAAAGACACCUACUAUAUAUUCAACUAUGUUGAGAUCACCAUAGCCUACCACAGUGGAGAAAAGGAAGAAUGGGGAAGCUCCCUCGGGAAUUCUGCAGGACGUCUUAUCUCAGCUAAACUUGAACCAAGGAGCAUCAAGCAUAAUGCUGGCAAGACUGGAGAGGCAACAUGUAGUGGGGCCCCUGUAUUAGGAGUGGCUGGUACCAACAAUGAUAUCACUUUCAACUAUACAUACUCUAUUAGGUUUAGAGAAAAUAACAAUGUUAGAUGGUCCUCCAGAUGGGAUUACAUCUUGGACUCCAUGCCACAUACCAACAUCCUAUGGUUCAGCAUCAUGAACUCCCUACUGGUUGUGUGUUUCCUCAGUGGAGGUCUUGGUGUUAUCAUAUGUAAGGAUCUCAAACGUUACAGCCAGAUAGACAGUACAGACUCUGAUCAGAGAGAGUUAAGUGGAAAAUUUGUUCCUGGGAGUUAUAGAUUAGUCCAAGGAGAUGUAUUUAGACCACCUAGAAUGGCAAUGUUUCUUUCCGUGUUACUUGGCAAUGGAGUCCAGAUAUUUUUCAUGGCUCUUAUCACACUAGUUUUUGCAAGUCUGGGGUUUCUGUCACCUGCUAACAGAGGGGCAUUGAAGACGUGUCCCAUUAUCCUAUAUGUGUGCCUAAGCGGCCCUGCGGGUUACUUCUCUUCAAGGAUAUACAAAAUGAUGGGAGGUGAAAAAUGGAAAUCUAAUGCCAUUCUGACAGCUACUGUAUGCCAGGGAAUCGUAUUCGCCAUCUAUUUCCUGUUGAACCUUGUACAGUGGAGUCUGGGAGCGACUACAGAAUUUAGGAUGCUUGCAACUCUCUUAAUUUCAUGGUUUGGAGCCUGCGUACCUCUUACAUUUGUUGGAGCAUAUUUUGGAUUCAGAAAAGCACCAAUCAAACAGCCAGUGACAACCAGUAAGAUUCCUCGGGACAUUCCCAAUCAUCCAUGGAAAAGGUUUUUUACGAAACCAAUUCCUUCUAUAAUAUUGGGAGGAUUUCUGCCAUUUAGCUGUAUUUUCAUUCUACAGUUCUUCAUUCUCAAUAGCAUAUGGAAUCACCAGGUCUACUACACGUUUGGAUUCCUUCUCAUCGUUUUUAUUAUUCUCGUUAUCAUGUGUUUGCAGAAUACAAUCAUCUUAUGCUAUCUCCAUUUACGUGCCGAGGACUACCACUGGUGGUGGCGCUCAUUCCUAACAAGUGGAUUCACGGCAGCCUACCUGUUCAUAUAUUGUAUCUAUUACUUUGUGUCCAGACUUGAGAUCAUUGGGGGUGUAUCUACCCUGCUCUACUUUGGCUACACCUUUAUUGUAGUCUUUGUGUUCUUCCUACUCACAGGGAGCAUAGGUUUCUUUGCGUGUUUUUGGUUUGUGAGGAAAAUCUACCGUAUAAAUCCUGAAACAGUUGAAGAAAACAAGGAAAGUAUAAAUGAAGACAAGGAAAUCAUGGAUGGUUUGGCACCUGUAAAUUAUUGUGCUGAGGAAUCUGAUACUUGUAAGACUAAUAUCCCAGUAUUUGUAAACCGUUUAGAUUCAGUAGAAACAGUCCUUCCAUAUGAAUAUACCAGCUUUGACUUCUGUGCUAAUGCUGUCGAUGAAACCCCAGUAGAAAACUUGGGGCAGGUUGUCUUUGGCCAACGUAUACACAAAUCCCCAUAUCAAAUAAGUUUCGCCAAAGAUGAAAAGUGUAAGAAUCUCUGCCAGAAAAAAUAUUCUGGCCAGGAAACCAAGAAUAAGUUGGAUUUCCUCAAGAAGAACAUCAUGAAGAACUACCAACAUCACUGGAUCAUUGAUAACAUGCCUGUCACAUGGUGCUAUGAAGUCGAGGGUGAUCAGAAAUACUGUUCUCCUGGGUUCCCCAUUGGAUGUUACGUCACGGCUGAAGGCAAAGCUAAAGAUGCUUGCGUCAUCAAUGCUGAAUUUAGUCAGAAAGACACCUACUAUAUAUUCAACCACGUUGAGAUCACCAUAGCCUACCACAGUGGAGAAAAGGAAGAAUGGGGAAGUUCUCUCGGAGCUACCUCUGCUGGACGUCUUAUCUCAGCCAAACUUGAACCAAGGAGCAUCAAGCAUAAUGCUGGCAAGACUGGAGAGGCAGCAUGUAGCGGGGCCCCUGUAUUAGGAGUUGCUGGUACCAACAAUGAUAUCACCUUUAACUAUACUUACUCUGUCACAUUUAAGGAUGACCCAAAUAUUAAAUGGUCCUCCAGAUGGGAUUACAUCUUGGACUCCAUGCCACAUACCAACAUUCAAUGGUUCAGCAUCAUGAACUCCCUAGUGAUUGUGUUGUUCCUUAGUGGAAUGGUUGCUAUGAUCAUGUUGAGGACUCUUCACAAAGACAUUGCAAGAUACAACCAGAUGGAUAACUCUGAUGACGCCCAAGAGGAGUUUGGUUGGAAGCUGGUACAUGGGGAUGUCUUCAGACCCCCCAGAAAGGGAAUGGUUCUGUCAGUGUUCCUUGGCAAUGGAGUACAGAUAUUCUUUAUGGCUCUUAUCACACUGGUAUUUGCAUGUCUUGGAUUCUUGUCACCUGCUAACAGAGGGUCUUUGAUGACAUGUGCCCUUGUACUUUAUGUAUGUCUGGGAACCCCUGCUGGCUACAUCUCUUCUAGAAUAUAUAAAAUGAUGGGAGGUGAAAAGUGGAAGUCUAAUGUAAUCCUGACCUCAAUUCUGUGCCCAGGGAUUGUGUUUGCCGUCUUCUUCAUAUUGAACCUUGUGUUGUGGAUCAAGGGAAGCAGUGGAGCUAUACCAUUCGGAACCCUAGUAGCACUCUUGGCUUUAUGGUUUGGAGUGUCCGUACCUCUUACAUUUGUUGGCGCAUACUUUGGCUUCAAGAAACGGAAACGGCCAAUUGAGCAUCCUGUGCGAACCAAUCAAAUCCCUCGCCAGAUUCCCGACCAGACAUUUUACACCAAACCUAUUCCUGGUAUCGUCAUGGGAGGAGUCUUGCCUUUUGGCUGUAUCUUCAUCCAACUUUUCUUCAUUCUCAAUAGCAUAUGGUCUCACCAGAUCUACUACAUGUUUGGAUUCUUGUUCCUCGUGUUUAUCAUUCUUAUCGUAACCUGCUCCCAGGCAACUAUACUUCUCUGCUAUUUCCACCUAUGUGCCGAGGACUACCACUGGUGGUGGCGCUCAUUCCUAACAAGUGGAUUCACGGCAGUCUACCUGUUCAUAUAUUGUAUCUAUUACUUUGUGUCCAGACUUGAGAUCAGUGGGGGUGUAUCUACCCUGCUCUACUUUGGCUACACCUUCAUUAUGGUCUUUGUGUUUUUCUUACUCACAGGGAGCAUAGGUUUCUUUGCAUGCUUCUGGUUUGUGACAAAGAUCUACAGUGUGGUCAAGGUAGAUUAGACGCAAAAUGGAGAUACUACUGAAUGACCUUCAACUUUGACAUCUCAUGACCUUGGCUUUGAAUUAGGAUCAUCUAACUCUAGAAUAGCACGGCACACAGACAUAUUUUUAUUUUUCCAAGUUAAAAAAAUUGGGAAUUUAAAAAUAUUCCCUCAGAAUGAAGGAAAAACACCUCUCAAAAAACAGACUUUCCAAAAUGUAAAAAAAAAAUUGUUCAACUUGGUGACAGUUUCUUAGUAAAAGAAUAUCACCUAUUGAGCAAGACUGACUCUCUAAAGGAGUGAAACCAAAUAUUUUUA